UCCACUUAAGCAUGGGCUGGCCACACUCUCCGCUAAAUAAAGGAAACGUGCUGAUUUUUUAAAGUUUUUUCGGCUAUUUUUUGAUUUAUCUGCUAUUCAGAAUGGAGAUGAUGCACGGAGCUUCGAUGCUGUCCAGGCCAGCAGAGGAGUUUGGCAACGAUUCGAUGGUGGAGGAAAUGUGGGCCGCUAAAGCUCUGGAACACGCCGAGGUUCAUUUCAAUCUUCUUACCAGUGUCCAUCCCUCUCAGCUACGUCUGACGCCCUAUGACGAUCAGAUCUAUGAAACCUUUCGUCAGGACUUUCCCGAUCUCAAAGUGGGUCUGCUCACAGAUGACGUACUAAAGUCCGCUGUAGGGAAGCUAAAGUGGCGUGAAUUCGCCGAGAAAUUCAACAAAAUGGAUGACUACUCCUAUGGGACCCUAAUGAGAGCCGAUGCCAGCAAAGAGUUUAGCUCGGACAAUUCCAUUUUUGUGUUUCGCGUACAGUUCCUGGCCAUAGAGAUAGCCCGCAAUCGGGAGGGACUCAACGACGAGGUUCACGCGAAACAUAAGCCUGCCAAGAAGACCACCCAAGAGGACAGGACAGAAACCCAGUGAGCCUUCAGCUACGUUUAGUCUCUAAGUUAUGGAUCACGCGAAAGGUAAUGGUUAUUCGGAAUUCGAAUACUUCUAGGCAAUAAAUGCAUUUUAAGAUGUUA